AUGAGCAUUGAGUACUCCGUUAUCGUUCCCGCCUACCACGAAAGGCUAAACAUCAAGCCCCUAACCACCCGGCUGUUCGCCGGUAUGGGCCCCGAGAUGGCCAAGAAGACCGAGCUGAUCUUCGUCGACGACAACUCGCAGGACGGCUCCGUCGAGGAGGUCGAUGGCCUGGCCCACAAGGGCUACAACGUGCGCAUCAUCGUCAGGACCACCGAGCGCGGUCUUUCCUCCGCCGUGCUCAGGGGCUUCCACGAGGCCCAGGGCCAGUACCUCGUGUGCAUGGACGCCGACCUGCAACACCCACCAGAGAGCGUUCCUGACCUGUUCCGGUCUCUACACGAUCACGCGUUCACCCUGGGUACCAGGUACGCUCCCGGCGUUGGCAUCGACAAGGACUGGCCGCUGUACAGACGCGUCAUCUCCUCCACCGCCAGGAUGAUGGCCAGACCCUUGACCGUGGCCUCCGACCCCAUGAGUGGGUUCUUUGGCCUGCAGAAGAAGUACCUGGAGAACUGCAACCCACGCGACAUCAACUCGGAGGGCUUCAAGAUCGCGCUUGAGCUGCUCGCCAAGCUGCCUCUGCCAAGAGACCCCAGACUGGCCAUCGGCGAGGUGCCCUUUACUUUCGGUGUGAGAACCGAGGGUGAAUCCAAGCUCUCGGGCAAAGUCAUCGUCCAGUACUUGCAACAGCUGAAGGAGCUUUACGUUUUCAAGUUCGGCGCCAACAACCUCAUCCUCUUCAUCGCCUUUUGGUCCAUCCUGUUUUUCUACGUGUGCUACCAGCUGUUCCAUCUGGUCUUUUAA